CCUGUGCUCAGAGACUUCCACAGUCUUUCUCUCCUUAAUAAAAGCUUCACAACAUUUUCUCAUUCAAUUCUAACUUCCAUGCCUUUUCAUGUCCCCCCUCAAUAGUACCCACAUUGAAUUCACCCAAAUCUCUCUCUCCUCUCCCUCUCUCUCUCUAAGAACUUCAUGUCUUCAGUGCCCCCUUUCCAACAUUUUCUUCAUUAAUACAAUGUGAGUUUGCUUCUCUCUCUACCCAUCUCUCUUUAACAUUUUCUACUGAACAUGUCAUGUGAAUUCAAGAUCUAAGCAAAACCCAUCUGACUACAACUUCUGAAACACCAUUUUCAUGGAUCUCCUGAUCAACAAACACUUGUUGUACAUCCAUGGUUCACAAGCUCUCUCUUCCAUCAAAACCCCACCGCCAAACUCGACUCUGCAUCCUCCAAACAAUACAAGUUUCCCAAUCAUAGCCAUUGCCAUUAUAGGCAUAUUAGCCACAGCUUUCUUGCUGGUCAGCUACUACGUCUUUGUCAUCAAGUGCUGCCUCAAUUGGCAGCGUCUGGAUCUUCUCAGACGAUUUUCGUUCUCGCGAAAUCGGCCUCGCGAAGACCCUUUAAUGGCCUACUCUCCGGCCACAGAAAACAGAGGACUUGAUGAAUCCGUGAUUCGGUCGAUCCCAAUAUUUCAAUUCAAGAGCGGUGAAAAAGAACAAACUACCGAAUGUGCGGUUUGUUUGAAUGACUUCCAAGUAGAUGAGAAGCUUAGAAUUAUACCAAAUUGUAGUCACUUUUUUCACAUUGAUUGUAUAGAUGUUUGGCUUCAGAGCAAUGCAAAUUGCCCACUUUGCAGGACAAGCAUUUCAACAACACCGCCACAAUUUCCAUUUGACCAUCAAGCUAUUGUUGUGAACUCUUUCCCUCAAGAUCCGAAUCCAUAUACUGAUGACUUCAUAGGCCGCGAUGAAGAUUUUGUUGUGAUUGAAUUGGGAGAGCAAGACAAUGCAGAUCAAUCUUUGCUUAGAAUGCAAGAAAGAUUUAGUUCAAGAGGUCCGAUACCAAUUGGUCCUUUCCCCGUAAAGUUGGAACAGAAAAUGGCGCAGAAGAAAGCGAAAAAAAUUAAUUUUGUUUCGAGUAUGGGUGAUGAAUGGAUUGACAAUAGAGAGCAAGAUGAGCAGUUUGCAAUCCAGCCCAUAAGGAGGUCUUUUUCGAUGGACUCGGCGGCUGAUCGACAGAUUUAUCUAGCAGUCCAGGAGUUUGUUCAACAAAACAGGCAUGACAAUGAGGUGAGCUCUAGUGAAGAUUGCAGUUCCAGAGUCAGAAGAUCUUUCUUUUCGUUUGGAUAUGGAAGGGGAUCAAGAAAUUCAAUUCUACCAACUCAAUUGGAGCCAUAAAACUAUGACUUCUUCCCUUUUCAAUUCAUUAUUAUUAUUUUUUUUCCAGUUCUUGUAAUACUUAAAUAUAGAGUUUUUAGAAUUAUUUUGAGGCUAUAUACAUUAGUUUGUCUUUCAAGAUAUGUAGACUGAGAAUAUGUAUGUACAAUUGUAAACUGUUGAAUGAUGCGCGCCUCGUAAUAGUUUUUAGAGCAAUUACGAUUAUCUUUGUAAUUUUUUUUUUUUGUCAACAUUCACAUAUAUUUAAUUUGUAAAAGAAAAAUGAUGUAUCUUCUAAUU